AUGAAUGAUAUCAAUAUUUCAAUACGAGGCAAAAGUUCCCUGAAGUUCAGGUUGGGAAAUUCCGAAUUGAGCCUAAAUAUAGAAAAUGAAAUUGAACUCACGGUUGAAAACAAGUGCUUUGCACUAAUUACUGAAGAAUUUAUAAAGAUUUUGUGUCAAACGUCAAAAGAAGCUUUGGAAAUAUUAAUUUGGCAAAUUAAUAAAGCGACAACUUACGAGGAAAAUAAAAAUUUUAAUAAAUUUUCAAUUCAUAUUUCUAGUCCUAAGUUAUCGCUUAAUAAAAUCAGCAAUGUGAACUUGAAAGUGGGCAACAACUUAUUGGUUGUGACAAACGACAAUCAAGGUAGAGAGAAUCGAUAA